AUGAACGCCAGGAGAUCUACGUCUGGCGUCUUCGCGCUUGGCCGCUCAGGAACCCGACCCGCGGCUUUCAACGGGGAGACGGCCUUCAGAAAGCUGAAUCCGAGGACGAAGCGGACGUGCUUGUGCUCCCCGACGACGCAUCCUGGGUCCUUCCGCUGCAGCUUCCACAAGCAGGGGCUCAGACACACGGCGUGGAGGAUGGGGAACUCAGCCGUUCGGGUCGACGGGUCGCAGAGCCGGGAAUUGGUGCGCAGGGCGCUCUCUGCCACGAUCCGCCCGUCGUCGCAUCAGCUGCGGCGGAAGUGCGCCUUCCAGCCCCGGCCGAGCAGGUUGUCGGUAAUGGUAGCGGCGGGACGGUAA